UCUCUCUAUCUUCUCAUCCACCAUUUCUCCAAUUGGAAGCACACGCCAACGAUCCUAUUGCUCUACUAUUUUCACCACUAUUCAGUGUUGUUCAUAGCCAUACCAUACCACACCACAACCCUUCUUCUUCUGCCUUGCUUUUCCUAUUAUCUAUCCAUUGAGACCCCCAAAUGGCCUCUGCCACUGCCACCACUCUCUUCACCCCUAACCCCAUGUUUUCAACUGAACACCACUCUCUCUCUCCAUCUCCAACCAUUCCCAAAUCCUUUACUGGCCUCUGCAAGCCCUUCCAUUCAAGGGUUCCCACUUCCAUCCCCUUCUUCCACUGCAGAAGACCCAAGUUCUUUGUCAGGGCCACAGUUAUAAAGUGGAGAUGUCCAAAGCAAACUAUCCCUCCCAAUGAUACCGGUUUUCAAAAGAAACUCCUGUAUCUGGAAUCCAUCGGUAUUGACUCUUUCUUGCUUAUUGAAAACCAUCCAACAGUGAUCACAACCUCUCUUGCUGACAUAAGAUCCACCGUGGAGUACAUUACCUCCUUGGAUUUCACUGCAAUUGAGUUUCGGCGUAUGGUUGGCAUGUGCCCCGAGAUUCUGACCACCCAAGUCUCAGACCUCAUACCUGUCUUCACCUUCCUUCAUCGUGAGGUUCAUGUGCCUGGCUCAGAUAUUAAGCGUGUAAUAAAUCGUCGUCCCAGGUUGCUUGUCAGCAGUGUUAGUAAGCGACUUCGUCCUACCCUGUACUUCCUCCAAAGUAUUGGCAUAGAAGAGGUAAACAAGCACACUGACUUGCUAUCAUGUAGUGUUGAGGAAAAGUUCAUGCCCAGGAUUGAUUACUUUGAGAAUAUUGGGUUUUCUCGCCGUGAUGCAACUUCAAUGUUCCGAAGAUUUCCUCAGCUAUUUUGUUAUAGUAUUAAAAAUAACUUGGAGCCUAAAUACAGUUACUUUGUGGUGGAGAUGGGGAGAGAUCUGAAGGAGCUGAAAGAAUUCCCACAGUAUUUCUCAUUUAGCCUAGAGAAUAGGAUUAAGCCUAGGCAUAAACAGUGUGUAGAAAUGGGGGUGUGUUUUCCUCUCCCUGCCUUGUUAAAAACAAGUGAAGUGAAAUUUCAAAGUAGAUUAGACGUAUGUGUAAAUUCUUCAACCCCCUUGAAAACAUCCCCUCUGUGGUCUGCUGGCUGUGAUGUUUAUGACGUAUAGAAUAACAUUUGCAUUGUAUAUUUAAUUGCUUUUGUGAAUUUCUAAACCAGUCAUUAGGUGCUUUUGGCCUUUCACUAUGGAAAAGUUAAUCAGUUAUGAGCCA